GGAUCUGGGGAACCAUCUGCACAAGAUGAGGAUGAGUUAACACCUCUCCUACAUGUAGAUGAGUCCAAAGCAGUGCCUGACAUGUCAGAGGAGAAAGAGAUCAGCAUGAAUGUUGACAGCCCAGGACAGAAGGACAACGAGUCUACACCUCUUCUAUCUCAUGAUCAGCCUCCUCAACCAGGUACCAGUAACUCUGCCCCCCAAGGACCUGACAGUGAGGUCAACAUUCGAGGUGGUGUCAAAUACCUGCAGAAAGGACAUUACAAUGAGAUGAAUGUUGGAGGGGCCAGGCCCAAGACAUCACGGCCCAAAAAAGGGGCCAGAAGCAAGGGGCAAGGAAAGGAUGGUCGCAGACCACCUCAAAACAAGGGGAGCUACAAAGUAAACAUAGAAGGAGGGGUGGGUUACAUGCAGGAUGGAGACCACAAUGUCAUGAACAUUGGACCACAGCCUAGGUCAGACAAUAGCAUGGAUGCUGGAAGUACAUCAAUCCCAGCUUCAACAGAUACCUUGUCCCGAGUUGUUCAAGAAGAAGACUUUCAGGAAAUUCAAGAACACAUAGGGUGGAAGUGGAAGAAUGUCGCAAAGAGGCUUGGUUUGUCAGAUGGGCAAAUAGAUGGGAUUGAACACGAUCACAAAGAGGAACCUUUGAGUGAAAAGGUUUACCAGAUGCUUCGGAAGUGGAAACAACUGAAGGGUGAUAGUGCAACAGUGGCUGUCCUCAUCCAAGCUUUAGAACAAGAAGGUCUUCACGAUGUUGCAGACAAGAUACUGAAAAAAAACUAAAAUUUCUUUGUACAUGGACAUCAAGUGCCAUAGCAAUGAUAGCUUGAUGGCCAUAACUUCUGGUACAUUCCUUUCUCUGAUAAGGUAGAAAAUCCCCCAAGCAUGCUAAUGGCGUUGUUGCCAAAGUGCACUAAGUUUCAUUAGUACGAUGUAUGUCAGUACCAAGUUAUUAGUACAAGGUAUGUCUUUUUCAUGCCCCCCUUGUUGCACUGUACAGUCAAACCUGCCAAAGUGGCCACCUCACAAUGACAAUCGUCUUUUCUCGAUAUUUAGUUUCAUUCCAUAGGCAAGCAUUAAGUAACCUUCCCUAAAAGGCCACCUGUCCUAUCCAAGAAGACCUGGAUGUUUCUUGAUCCCCUGGGUGGCCGUAUUUUGAAGGUUUGACUGUAUACAAAUGUAUAUCAAUUUCUCUGUUGCCAAGUAACAUGCACUUAGUAUAAAGCCUUACAGCUGCAUGGUUCAUAAGUUUUUAAGAUUGAGGCAGACAAAAAAAGAGGUUUUAUUGCAAUAUAAGGAUACAUAUGUUUAAACAACAUAUCAAAAAGAGAUUUUAUUGCAAUAUAAUGAUACAUGUAUUUGAACAACAGAUCAAAAAGGCAGCUAAAGAUCUUGCUACCUAUGGAAUAGGCAAGUUUUUCUCAGUUUUUCUCGAGUGUAGUGAACAGAUAAAACCCUGUUUGACAGGCCAUAGUAGCUGUGGAACGAAUUUCUGGUAGCCCCAAUGUCAGAGACAAGGGGGAGGGGCUAGAAUGAAAUUAAAUGAUAUCAGCUUUAAGCUGCUGGAAAAACUAUCAUGAUGGUAAAGUUUUGAAAACAAUGCUGUAUUUUCGAAAGUAAGUAUUUUAGAAGUGUACAAAAUCAUUGUGAUUAAUCUGAAAAAUAGAAUAUUUUAUAGCAAGACUUUUUGAUAUGAAGAGCUAGAAUUUCUUGCGUUUUUAAGAGUUUCACGUAAAUUUAGUGAUGUAAAGGGUGUUAAAUUAGCCUUACUAUGUAUAUAGUAAUUAUAAAUAUUACAGUGUUUAUAUAUUAUGGGAAAUAAGAGAGUUGAUUUCCAAUUGUGGUUGUAAAAUAUUUCUGUUUAUUAAGUUCAUUGCCAUUCAAUUGCUGUGCCAAUUUCAUAAUCAUUUAUAACUUGCUGUCUUGUAUUUCUCAUUGACAAAGGUAAAAUUAUGUUGUAUGGUCCUUAAGAUGGAACAACAAGCUUUUUUUUCAUUGUAUAUACAUGUCUAGGGAGAGUCAUGCUCACUUUGAGCACAUCAAAGAACACAACAAGUGCCUCUCAAUUAAACUGUGAUGCCAAUGUACUUCCUUUCUUUGCCUUUUUCCUCAGUUUGGGUAGUUUUACAGGGAAGAUUAGAGUUGUACAUGAAUUUUAUAAUAUUCAUCUGAAUGUCUCCACUAAAGAUGCAUGCAUAUCAAACAAAAUAACAAUCGGAAUAAAACACACAAAAUUACUAUUACAUUAUACUUACAAGUAAAUACAAGUUGAAACCAAGUGUCGAAGAUAAACCAUAUUAUACAAUAGUUUGGCGCCUCCACGACCACCCCCGGUCAGGGGACCAGUAAAUAUAAGCGGUAAGUAAGUUAGGAUUAACCAUCUCAACUAAUUACAUGUAGCUGCAUUACUUUUACAACAGCAUAGGCUAGGGUCUGGAUACUUGCCAUUCGAACUAUAGAUUAAUCAUAAAAGUUCGAAUAAGAUAUCUUUACAGUUGAAAAGAGCCCUGGUUCUGUUGGAAAUUUUACAUGACCAGUAUUGACAGAACUGUCUUUAGUUUGUUUGCAACAGAUUUAUAUAUAGUACUUGUCAAGUGCAUUGCAAGAUGUUGA